AUGGCGCAUCGCUCAUCUGCCCCAUUGCUCCGGCCUUACCAUGACGACAGCGACGACAGCGACGACUCCCAAGCCUCGCAACUGUCUCCAUCUUCAGCUCCGUCUUCCUCGCGAUACUGGCGACAAUAUCGCAAGUCCAGCCGGCGCCUCCUCGAGUCUCGCACCAAGCACUUUGUUGUCAUGAGCGUGGUCGCGCUGGACGUGGCCGCGCUGCCCGCAAAUGUCUUCAUUCAGCUGAUUGCCUGCGAGAUGCACCAGAACGACGAGCCUUGGGUGGAGCAGCUCACAGAGGGCCUGGAGAUUGCCGGUCUGGUGUUUAGCAGCCUCUUUCUGCUUGAACUAUUUGCGUGCUUGUUUGCUUUUGGGUUGAGCUACCUUGCCUCCUGGUUUCAUCUCUUCGAUUCUGCCGUCAUUAUUGCGAGUUUCAUCAUAGACGUAACCUCAAGAGGUCUAACCGAGUCCAUCGGAUCCCUGAUUGUCGUUCUCCGUCUCUGGAGGCUGGCCAAGAUAUCCGAAGAGGUGGUGCUGGGCGCUACAGAGAGAAUGGAGGUUCUCGAGCAGCAUUUGGAGGACCUCGAAGCAGAGAACAGCAGACUCAGAGCCCAGCUGGGCAUCGAGUCAUCAAACUACUCGGGCAACGAAGGGAACUGCUGA